AUGCAGCCUGAAGACAGAACUCAGUCUCAUUCUAACCGGUUUCCCGAGGUUUCAGGAUUGAUGCGGCCAGGACGAAUAAGUCAGCCAUUUACAGAUCGCGGCCAACCCUUGACGCAACCGAUAGUUGAGCUCGAGUUUGAAGCCAGUGCUUCUGACGACCAUCGCGACACUUGGCCGAGCGGACUGGCAGUCAACCAAGCCACCGGAGACAUUUUUGUGCUAGACCGUGAUAACGCAAAAAUUAAGGUGAGCUCAGGAAAAAUUAAUUCACAAGCAAAGCAUAAAUUAGAUAAAUCAGUGGCGCCAUUAAACCAGCCCAAUAGUUAA